GCAGUAGUGAAUUGAACAAAGUGAACAAAUUGACCAAUUUGAACAAUUUGAACAAUUUGAACAAUUUGACCAAUUUGAACAAUUUCAAACAUAUUGUAACCAAACCAAUUGAACUAAUCACUGUAGACCAUGUCGGGAGCAGGAAAUCGUGAACAGGUUUUUCCAACCCGAAUGACGUUGGGAUUAAUGAAGGGGAAAUUAAAGGGAGCUCAACAAGGACAUUCAUUAUUAAAAAGAAAAUCUGAAGCAUUAACUCAAAGAUUUAGAGAUAUUACUCAAAGAAUUGAUGAUGCAAAGAAAAAAAUGGGUAGAGUUAUGCAAAUUGCUGCCUUUUCAUUAGCAGAAGUUCAAUAUGCAACUGGUGAUAAUAUAGGUUAUCAAGUUCAAGAAUCAGUUCAAAAGGCCAGAUUUCAAGUUAAAACAAAACAAGAAAAUGUUAGUGGAGUUUAUCUUCCAACAUUUGAAAGUCAUAUUAAUGAAGAAAUUAAUGAUUUUAAAUUUACUGGUUUAGGUAGAGGUGGUCAACAAGUUCAAAAGGCAAAAACUGUUUAUACAAGAGCAGUAGAAACUUUAGUAGAAUUAGCAUCUUUACAAACUGCAUUUAUCAUUUUAGAUGAAGUCAUUAAAGUUACUAAUAGAAGAGUUAAUGCCAUUGAACAUGUUAUCAUUCCUAGAACUGAAAAUACUAUAUCUUAUAUUAAUUCAGAGUUGGAUGAAUUAGAUAGAGAAGAAUUUUAUAGAUUGAAAAAAGUUCAAGAAAAGAAACAAGAAGCGGCGGCAGCAGCAGAACUUGAAGAGAAAGAAGCAAAAGAGCAAAGAGCUGCUGAAGCUCUUGCAUUAUCAGAAUCUCAAGAUACUCUGAAACCUCAUUCAGAAGAACAAAUUCAAAAGGAAGUUGAAAAGUUGGAUCUUAAGGCUCAUGAAGAAGGUGAUGCCGAUAUUCUUCAAGAGAAUGAAGAUGAUGUUAUCUUUUAAUAUUCCUUGUCAUUCAUCAAUUUUUAUUUCAUUUCUUUACUCCCCCAAUACCUUUUACCUUACCUUUUAUUAUUAAUGGUAUUGUGCUAGUUAGUCUUAUAUAUCAUAUUUCACUUUUAUUUCAUUAUAGCCUAUAGGUUAAUUAUAUUCCCCCAUAUUUAGAGUUGUUAAUAUUAAAUAAACUACACUAAUAUCGAUACCUCUCUAAUCAGGACUCGCUUUUCUAUCUAAUUUUUGAUUUUAAUUGUAUUUAUCU